AUGAAUUCCAACACUGGAAAACGUCCUAUGCUAUUUUCUUCAUCAUCAUCCUCAUCAUCGUCAUCGGAUUUUGAGCACAAUCUCGCAAGUGCAAUACGAGCACAAACACAGUUAUUAACCAAUGCAUAUACUAGCUACAACCUUGCCAUAGCUUCCUACAUGGAAAAUAUGGAUAAUCAACCCCCAAGGCAUGGAGGUUCGACUUUUGGUCAUAGAGUAAUUCAUCGUGAUCGUGAAGAAGCAGAUCGAAGAUUAUGGAAUGAUUAUUUUUCAGAAAUCGGUAAACUGGGCUUAUCUACUUUACAAAAAGUUAUAGAGGCGUUUCGAAUUUUGACGUACGGAAUACCAGCAGAUGCAGCAGAUGAAUAUAUCCAGAUUGGAGAAUCAACUGCAAUUGAUUCUGUCGAGCGAUUGAAGAGGUCUUUGGGGAGCGAUAUCUAA